AAUAGUGCGAGCUUUUCUACCCUCCUUUUUUUUGUACCCAAAAUUCUAACAACUUGCGUUACAUUCCAUUUGUAUCAUUUCUGUUGUGUGGAGAGGUUUUACGUAUGCAAGAAGAUACACCUCAAGGAACGAGCACAACUUGGGAAGAAACAACUAGUCAGUCUUCUCAAGAGGACACAAUUUCAGAAGCAGGUUUUGAUAGCAGUUCUAGUUUUGACGACUUGGAUGACGUUUUGGGACUGGAAAAUCCCGACAUUUUCCCCUUUUUACCUACUGAAGUUCCUUUGUUUGAAGAUGUAUGGCCUGUAUUCGAAAGGCUUGAGCUUUUCCAAGAGUUGAUACAAUUCAUAAAGAAUGAAAGAGAAGCGUUGAAGAAACGUUUUCAAUUACGACAAACAUACUUGCACGAGAAAAGAAAAUCAGCAAAGGAGAAAUUGGAGUUCAAGUUUAAACAAGCGCAAGACAAGUUACGUAUACGAAAGGAAAGAAUUGGUCAGCAAUUUCAGUCUGCCAGAGGUUCCUUGAAGCACCGCAGAGAAAAACUCAAAGAAAGCUUAAAGAAACAGCGAGAACGUUUUAAGGAGGCGUUGAGACAGCCUCUUUUUGUGAAGACUAUCGACAAGUUUGCGUUUAUUGUGGGAAUUGCAAACCUGGUCGUGACCGAAUAUUUUCUCUUAAGAGCUCCACGAGCACUAUGGAAAUAUUAUUUAUUGCUAAUUGGACCUCUUAUGAUAUUGAGAUAUUGGUUAUAUAGACGUGCAAAGUUUCAUUAUUUUAUGUACGACUUUUGUUACUUUGCUCAAAUUUUGCUCAUCGUUUCUCUCUUAUUUUAUCCAACUAGUCAAGUUUUUCAUCGCAUCAAUUUCGGUAUUGCCAACGGACCAUUGGCUUGGGCAAUCGUGUUGUGGAGAAAUUCGUUGGUAUUCCAUUCACUGGAUAAAAUGACUUCCUUAUUUAUUCAUUCCUUUCCGCCUUUGGUUACUUAUUGUUUACGUUGGUAUCCCGAAGCUUGCGAAUGGAAGGAGACGACUCGUUUACAUUUUCUUAUACAGAUGGUAGGAGCACCAUUUGCUUUGUAUUUGUUAUGGCAACUUUUGUAUUUGUUGAAGACGGAAUGGUUUUCCAGAAAAAAGUUGAAACAGGAUCCGGAUUUGAUGACUUCAUUACGAUAUUUGACUAAAGAAAGAACUAGUCUGUCUUAUCAUAUGAUUAGUAUGUUUGGGGAACAAUAUCAACUCGCCACUUUUGUGGGUCUUCAGUGUGUCUAUACGCUGUUAACGUUAUUCUUUUCUACGCUCUUAUAUAAUCAUCAAUGGUUUCAUGCGGUGUUUCUUGCUUGUAUGGGUUUCGCAUCGUUAUGGAACGGUGCCAGUUAUUAUUUUGAUAUUUUUGCUAGACGUUAUAUGCAAGAAGUCUUUGCUAGAACAAAAUCUGAAAGUUACAAUGCUCAAAAUACCUUGGAAAAGAAAAAUGAGUAAUAUAGAUAAAGCAAUGAAUGA